AUGAUCGUGAUUGAUCAUGUCGUGCGAAUGAAAGAAUAUGGUCCGUUAACAGAUGUACUCUUCAAUGAGUACCCACGUGUUCGUCUGGAUCGAGCGCGACGUCCUGCAAAAGUACUGUGGGAUGGUCCGCCAACGCUACCUGAGGAGCCUGAAGAUUCUGAUACAUGUCCAAUGGACAUUGCACUUAACACGACGCUUUAUAGUGAAUUAGAUGUUAAAAGUAGCGCCGUUGGUUUUGAAGAACCCGAUGAAAUCGAACUUUUCGUACAAGAUAGAACAUUUUUGGGUGCAGUCAAAGCAGCUUUGCGUACCGUAAAGGGUUUCAAUUGUCUUAUUAAAUGGGUACUCAAUAUUAAAAGUACAACACAACAAUUCCUCGAUGAUAUUGUAGCAUGUGGAGGUACUGUAUCUGCCCAAUUACAAGCUGUCAUAGACGCAUGCAAUGCUAUAAUUACCACUUGCAACAAUAUCAUUGAUGCUUGCGGUAGUGACGAUGAAGGUGAUGAUAGUCCUAGUAAAAGCUGUACUCUGGCAGUAGUUAAGGGAAUGGCCUCUUUGUACAAACAAACUAAGAAUGUCAUCAAAUUGAUCAAGAAAGUUCCAACUGUACCUGGACAAUACGGUCAAUGCGUUACUGAUGCAACAAACAACCUUACCAGUUAUUUCACCCAGUUCGUACCUAACAUUAAACAAUGCUCCAAAUUGACUAGUUAAAAUUAUAAAUUUUUCUAUAUGUGAGAUAAAUAAAAAAAAAUUAAUAAAUAUUACAA